UGCUGUUCUACAAGCCACAUAUAUAAAGCAAAAGGCACACGGAGUUAAUUAUACUUCUUGGAAAUAUAGUUGGUACACGUAUUAUAUAUAAUAGAUAACUGGAAAUAUGCAGUAUUAUUUUUGCAUAUUCAAUUCCGCAAUCAGGUUCAAACAGAAUAGAUAAUCUACAUCCAUUACACAAUCUAAUGCAUCCUAAACAUAACCUGCAUUCACUCCGAAAUUUUUGAAAUAUAGUUAGUGCGCGUAUUAUAUAUAAUAGUAACUGGUAAUGUGCAGUAUUUUUUAUAUUUAAUUCCGCAAUCAGAUUCAAACACAACAGAUAAUCUGCAUCCAUAAAUAAUACCUAAACAUAAUCUGCAUUCACUCCGAAAUUGAUUUCGCGAAUAAACAUCCGUGUACAAAGCCUGCGACGCCGAAAGAAAACAGCGAUCAGUCAUUUCCGCGCUCCAUACUUUUUUUUUUAAUAGACUGGGAAGCGUGCCGUGUGUCACGACGGAAAAAUGAGUGUGCCGUCACCCUUUCAUAUUGCUUCACCUACCCCCAUCCGAGCAGUGCAUCUCAAUCCAUCUCGACUCCGCCGAUGCCUCUCCGCCUCCUCUCCGUCGGCUCUCGUCAGCCAUCUUGUGCAAGGCAUCCCAACGUCCCGUGCAUAAUGCUCAGGAAGCAGCCACGGGGUUGGUCCGUCUUUCCGAACAGCCUAGCUCCUCACUGGCUGAUUUAGAGACUCCGGCGGAAGAAGCUGCCGCUCCCUCCAGCCAAUCAACGUUCAGCAACCCUGCACCGGAGGAUGAAUUAGCUCAGUGCGCGGAGCGAUUCGCAAGGAAGCGAAAAAAACGACCAUAUACAAAUAUCAAAUAAAUUUGGUGCAUCGUGUGUGCCCACGCGCGCGAUGAAAAACAUCGUAUGGUGACGAAAAAAAAAUCAAAAAGCAUCGUACUCCGGUGUUGCAGUUUGCAGAAGUUAAGGUAGUUUGGUGGCACUCACUUAGCACGCUUUCGUCCGAUCAGUCGCGCGCUUAUUCGACGCGUGACAGUGCUGGAAGUGAUACGUCAACCUUGCCGAACGUGACUCUCGUGACAGUUGUGUGAAAGGUGCCUGUGGAAUUGUGAAUCGUGCCGCGAUCUGCAAGAUUAUACAGGAAGAACAGUUGAGACUUUGUGAUUUGCCACUCAACACCUUCGGACAACCGCGUUCGAAGGCGGAAGAUGAAGACGUCCAGUGAAAGAGGGGGAGAGUGACGAAAGUGAAAGAGACUGACGUAAGUGAGAAAGCGUCCAGUUCAUUACGAGAUCAGUCAAAGAGAGACAUUGAGAUCGACGACGUGUUUGUUUGGUGUUCCCUGCAGUGGUUCAAGGUUCCAAGAGAGCAGAAAGCUACGCGUUUCUGAUUUUCAUCGACACACUGGAAAUGGCAGAGAUAUUGGUAUCAAGGCCCGCCAAUCAUCACUCACGUUCCAGACCUGUAUGACACGGAAAUGUCCGAAUGCUAGCGGAGCAGCUGCUGCCGCCGCCGCCGCCGCCGCCACAGGAGGCGUGAAGCUGUGUCGUCCGUCGUCUCCUGAGACGCCAAGAGAGAGCGCCCGCUAGCGGCCUCUCUCUUGCGACCCCCGCCCUCACGAGACCUGGAGACCGUGGACGCGUUUCCUCUGGAGCCCCAGCCUCAGACGGCCACCAAGAUAGGGGACAUCGACGUGGCCAUGAGUUCGUACUUCGCCAACUCCUACCUGCCCACCGAGAUGCGGCCGGCGGCAGGAGGAGUGGGCAACGGCGACCACUACGGCGCUCUACAUGUUGCGCCGCAGCCCAACGGUGACCCGUGCGAUCAGCGGCAGUACCUACCUUACGGAGGCUCUCCGGGACACCAGGGCUACCCCCGGUUUCCGCCGUACGAUAGGCUCGAGAUCCGUGCUAUCACGAAUACGGGUAAUUCUCCGAGCCCACCGGGCGGUUAUUACGGGAACCACUGUGGGGGACAGCAGCCUCAGCAGCCGCCUAUGACGCAUCCCAAUGCGUAUGUGCCGGCGUCGGUGGACGGCCAGAACUGUCGUGGGUCGCCGAAUGAAGCGCCAGUCCCGCCGCCGAUGGCGCAGUAUCCCAGUUGCAAAAUGCAAGGCGGACAUAUGGGUCACGGUGACCCACAGGUUGUUCGUGGAGGCACAGACUGUGGCACGACGCCCGUGAUGCAUCCAGCGGCUUGUGGGAGUCCUGUGCACUCGCCGCCGCAGCAGCAGCAAAACAUCUACUCCCCAAAUCACGGUGCUAUGCCCCCAAAUGGCCAGCCGCAGCCGAACCAUAAUUCGGGAGCCAUGCCCAGCCCUCUCUACCCUUGGAUGCGAAGCCAGUUCGAGCGAAAGCGGGGCCGCCAGACGUACACGCGCUACCAGACUCUGGAGCUGGAGAAGGAGUUCCACUUUAACCGGUACCUGACCCGCCGGAGGAGGAUAGAGAUCGCCCACGCAUUGUGCCUCACGGAGAGGCAAAUCAAGAUCUGGUUCCAGAACCGGCGUAUGAAAUGGAAAAAAGAAAACAAGGCCAAACUGGAAGCGGGCCUCGCCCUCGGCCACGGUCCUCCGGAGCUCACGCACCACCCUGAGCACGGACCCCAGUAACCGCCAGUUUUAAACCUCGGUACUGACGACGACGCGUGAGCGCGUAUCUCCAUCGUCCCCCAGUAUGGCGGUGCCAUCCAGGAUGGUCUCCGCUCUAACGUGUACAUAACGGUCGACCCGUCAGCAGGGUAUGUUCAGCGUUCGGUGCCCAAAGGGAGAAGCGAGAUCGUGGUAGUUUCAGGACAUAACUUUGGUGGAACUACGGCAUAGGGCUCAGAGAGUGCUUGGUCACGUCGCCGUACAGAAUACUCCUCACUCCAAUGCUCACUCCGUCUUUUUUUUUUUUUUGUAAAUACGGCGCUGUCUUUCACCUCCGGUACAUUCGAUACAAAUGUCAUGCUCGCAUGUCAUCCAAGCGGGUGCUCAGGUUACUAAUGGCUUUAUGUCGACCGGUGACGACCGCUCGACGGGACGUCAAAUUUCUUAGUUUAUUUUGUUUUAGCUGCUGCACUAGUCCCCAUUUGCUAUAUGCUUGUUGGGUGUUCACAUUGGAGCUUACGUGUUUACACCGAUCGUCGAUAUCGUCACUCGUUCACUUUAGCUGAGUACAAAAAAAUUGGUGAAAUUUACCAAUGUGUAGCAGGAAUGUAGUUGGUCAGGAUCAUUGUACAUUUGUUCAUAGCUUUCCAAUGUAUAUUUAUUAUUCGUAAGAUCUGUGCUUUUGCACAGAUUGCUGAUACUCGGAUAUACCUGAUAUACGUAGACGCUCUUUCUUAAGUCAUAUCAGCCGCACCACUGAAUCUCGUUUACUGGUUAUUUAAUUUUGAUCAGUUUGGUCCAUGGCCGCCCGCAUAGCGAUACCACGAUUUCUUCAUCCGGGGGCUUAUCACUGUCUGAAAUUUUAGGUCACAUUAGAGAGAUGCUCAACAUGGUACCUUCCUAAGUAUACGUAUGUUCCUUUCACCUAGAUGCGCAUCACUCAUCAGCUAGCGUCAUGUCGAGUACAGGUUCUCUUCUGUUGAUACGUAUUCGGAGUGUGCAGAAAAUAGAAGCAGGAACAGCGCGAAUGAAUCCGCAUAUUCGAGCCGACAAUGGGAGCUUCCUUAGAGAGGUCACCACCGGUGGCGAUGCUCCGAAGCCAAGUCGAACAAUGCGGUGAAAGCGAGAGUUCUAGCAGUUGUUUUCGUUGCCAAGGGCGUGCAGCUAAUUCUAACAACGUGAACAAAAAACCUGCACACAAUGCUCUGCCGUAACAUGAAAAGCAGGCGUAGUUGCACGAUGGAGAAUCCCGCCUGGUGAACGAGCAAGAACAAGAACCGCUGGCAGGUCGUCCUCACAACGCCGCCAUCAGUCCCAACCCCCUUCGUAACUCCGCACCGGCUUCUCCGAGGUCCCUCCCCAGUUUCCAGAAAAAGAUGAAAAGGAUCCCUUGGAGCCUUCUUCUUGUUGACGUACUUCUGACGAUGGACUCCACAGGGGGCCAGUUACCUCCAUGGCGCCGAGGAAUGGGCUGCGGUGUGUCCUCCUUGCGCAACCGCGGGCUCCGGCUGAGCUGGUCGCUCGAGUCGUUCGGCGGCGGCCGUUUUUGACCCUGCAACUGCAAAACUCUUCGCUACAUCUUCUCCUGGCCGAGCAUGACUCUGCCCACUCGUGAUCUCAUCAUUCUGUGUCCAAGGAAACACGUUCAGGAAAGGUGAGCUGAGAACAAUACGCGACAGGACCCUCCUCACACAACUCCUUCUUCUGGUCCAGAGUUACCUUUGUCAUGCGUGUGUGUCUGUGCAACAAGGAACACUGUUUAAGAAGACCGGACUUAGGUUUCCCCGCAUCCAGACUUUCCGCUGGGGCAGUGAAAGUGAAUGGACUGCAGCUGUGCUGCAAACUGUGUUUCGUGAUACCCUCUGUUGUGAUGUGAUUCUCUGACGCAGUUUCAUCGUGAACAUUUUAUGUUUUGGGGUACAGAAGGGGCAAAACGUGCGGCAUGUCCGAUCUGUGUAUUAAGUCUUCAGAGGUUUGUACGUAUGAGAGUGGCGUUUAACGCGGGUCGAGUAUCACUCUAUAAUGCUGCUAUACCACUCUAUCGGACAGUCCGCAGACGAGAGGUCAAUCCCUCGAUAUCUACUCACCGAGAUAUACGUAUUUCAUUGUGAUCGCUUAUGGAGAGGUUGCUGGAAGUUAAGAUGAAGACGUAGCUCAAAAUAUUUAGUAGGACGCGAAGUAAUUUAAAAUAGCAAGAACGAGAUCUUCUCAUACUUAGUUACUCCGAACUCAGCUCCGUCACAACACGCAUUUAUUUCUCUUGGCAGAGAGAGGGAAAUACUUAUUUUGUGAGCAGUAGAAUUGAUGGCGGCAAAACAUAAAAAGAAAGAAAAGAAAAAAUUCCAGAAUUCAGGUUGGCGAAGCCUCGAAUGCCUGUAUUGACCCAUAUAUUGUCUAGACUUCAACAAAUUUCGCAGAACCUGUUUUCAAAGGGCAGAUUAAUGGUAGCGUGUUACCAUGACAUCAAAAGAUGCUGGUUGCUCUUAGCGACGUGCAUGGGACGAUAAGGGAAGGUAUGGUUACCAUUAUUGUGAGAUAUCGAUACGUAUAUUGGUUAGAAACCACCCCAAUUUCCUUUCAUUGCUCUCUUUCCAAGAUGAUACUCAGAAAUGUGAAAACGAGAUAUUCCUGAAGUUCUGUCGCUCAAAUUAAA